GCACCAUCUGUUUUGGUUUUCUUGUCUAUCUAUAUCCACCUGAUUGGCAAUGAGCCCGCUAAGGGAUACUGCGCAAGUUGGAGAGGGCAGUCUGAUCCAAAAACAAAGCUUGCAGGCCGUCCAAGAGCUGUGGAACGAAUGGGAGAUCCAUUGCCUCAUACUUGCAAGCUUUGGCCUACAAAUAUUCCUCUUCUUCGCAGCAGGCAUGCGGAGGCACAGUGUGUCCCGCAUCCUCAACUCCCUUAUAUGGUUGGCCUACUUAUCGGCUGACUCUGUGGCCAUUUUUGUUCUCGGACAUCUCGCUGUCCAUGCAAGCAGCUCACACCCUCUUCUUAUCUUUUGGGCGCCGUUCCUGCUCCUCCACCUAGGAGGGCCGGACACUAUCACUGCCUUCUCCGUGCAAGACAAUGAGUUGUGGCAACGCCACCUACUAGGAUUGGUCACCCAAGCAUCAGUGGCCGGCUAUGUAAUCUCCAUAUCGUCUUGGCAAGACAACCGGCUUCUUGCUGCCACGGUGCUCAUGCUCUUGUGUGGGGUUUUCAAGUACAUAGGGCGGACCCUUUGCCUUUACACAUCUAGACCAAAGUUCCUCAAGUAUGCUAUGGUGCCUAAUUUGGAUAGAUAUGUACGCGGUGUGUAUUAUAUACCAGGUAUUUCGGGGAGGAGAUCUUUUGAGGAUAUACUGAGGCGAAGAGUGCAUGAUAUGAUUCUUAAUGAUGUCGACGUGAAGCUACCACCCGCUUCCCCUUUCUCAAGUAUACUAUUGGAUACUCCACUCAAUGAUAUGGCUACAGUUGAAGGUGCAGCUAUCAUACCAGAUUUGCUCAAUGUGCUCAAGUCUAGUGCAGACCGCUCCAGGGCCUACAUUUAUGUCAGCAGAGUGCUCGUUCGUGUUUAUGAACGCAUCUACACCAAGGAUGUGCUUCAAUUUGGGUGGAUUUAUGAUUUCAAAACAGUAAUGUCCCAAGAUUCCGAGGGCAGAAUAAUAAGCCUAGUGCAACUUCACAUUGUAUCAUUUCUCUUGCUCUUCCCUCUUAUUUCGGCCUUGAUAACAUUGGAGCUAUUUAUGCUUGCCGAAAAGAUCCAGCUCUAUAGCCAUACCGAUGUCAGAGUCUCCUACAUAUUACUCAUAGGAGCCAUAAUCCUUGAGGUGGCAUCCCUCUUCAUGUCCAUUCUUUCCUGCUAUGCAUCGAGUGAAGCGCCAACAUCUUGCCCACCACCCCCCUCUGUGGUCUUGCAUGUAGCCAACUAUAUUCACCCCACAGGCCUACAUAGAAAGCACUGGUCCAAAAUGCUUGCACAACAUAACAUGUUUGAAUGUUACACCAGACAAAAAUCUACGAGCAUCAUGUCAGUUGUAUCACAGUGGAUUGGUGAGACAUUUACAAGAAUUGCCAUCAGUAAAGAUCUUGAGGAGUUUGUCCUAGGAAAACUAUUAGACUUGGGAACUGGGGAGCAAGGAGGCUGGAACUUUGCUAGCUUUCGUGGACAGCUAGCGCUUCAGAGCUGGACCACUAUGCACACAAUCAUUGACACUGCUGAUCUACCAACAAGUGUGCUGAUCUGGCACAUUGCAACGGAGAUAUGCUACUUUGGAGAAGAAAGCAACACCACUAGUCAUCAAGUUCAGGUGAUGAUAAGGGUGGGCAGAGAACUAUCAAACUAUAUCAUGUAUCUCGUCUUCACGUGCAGUGUAAUGCUUACAGGCAGCUCCAAGCUCGUAUAUGUUAACACUCAUAAGGAAAUCAAUAAUGUUCUUGGAGGAAAUGGUAAUCUAGCUAUUAAAGAAGCUAUUAGGACAAUGAUUCGACGUAUCGGAGAAAGGGGACCACCAGUCAAUCAAGUUUCUUUUAUUGAUCAUACCGACGUUCUUGCUGACUACAACAACCAAUUGGGAACUCAAGUGCAACUUCUGAAAGACAAUAUAAAGGCUCUUGAUUCACCGGUUUUGCCUCGUGCACGUAUAGUGGCUUGUCAUCUGACCGACAUGCCCGAAGAUGACCGAUGGAAACUCAUUGCGGAGGUAUGGCUGGAGAUGCUAUUCUACAUCGCGCCUCGAUGCGGGGGUGCUUUCCAUGCCAAACAUCUCAGUACUGGCGGGGAGUUUGUCACGCAUGUCCUCCAACUCAUGCGUUUGUUAGGCCCUUUUCUACCACCACCGAAUGCUUAG